AAGUGUGAUGGGUUGGUGUUAUGAUGAGAGUAUAUUAGAGAUCCCUGGUGAUUGGAAUCUAUCCUUUGGAAAAACAAAUGAAAGCUUGCCACAGCUCUGUUUCUGUUGAGCUAUGCUCUGCCUCUCUCAAACAAGAGCCAACCAAAUUCUAUAUCAAACCUUGAUAUGCAAAUAUCCUAAUCCAUUUCCAAACCCUAUAUAAACCUCAAACAACACUCGUCCACGAUAAAACCCAAUGGAAAUGGAGCCUCAGAGGCCCCCACUUCCACAACACAACGCUCACACCAACCCUCUCUCGCGCCUAAACCAAUACGUCGCCAAAACCAGAUUAGGAAAAUGGUUCAAGAUCUCCCAACGCAACUCCACCUUCACCACCGAGCUCCGCGCCGGCACAGCCACUUUCCUCACCAUGGCAUACAUCCUCGCCGUCAACGCCUCCAUCCUCGCUGACUCCGGCGGCACCUGUUCUGUCUCCGACUGCCUACCCCUCUGCUCCGACCCCUCCGUCCCUCUCUCGGCCUGCAACACCUCUUCCCUCCGCGUCCUCCACCCCGACCACUCAUGCAAGUUCGACCCGGUUAACCCGGGUUACGCUGCGUGCCUCGAAAACACGCGCAAGGACUUGAUCGUCGCCACUAUCGCCUCUUCUCUCAUUGGCUGCUUCAUCAUGGGCACCUUCGCCAACCUCCCUCUCGGCCUCGCCCCCGGCAUGGGCUCCAACGCCUACUUCGCCUACACCGUCGUCGGCUUCCACGGCUCCGGCAACGUCUCCUACCAGAGCGCUCUGGCCGCAGUCUUCAUCGAAGGAAUCAUCUUCCUCCUCAUCUCCGCAAUCGGUCUUCGCGCCAAACUCGCCAAACUCGUCCCCAAGCCCGUCAGAAUCAGCUCCUCCGCUGGAAUCGGGCUUUUCCUCGCCUUCAUCGGGCUUCAAAACAACCAAGGAAUCGGGCUCAUCGGGUACAGCCCAUCCACACUGCUCACCCUCGGCGCCUGCCCAUCCUCCUCACGGGCCUCCCUCGCACCCGUUAUAACGGUCGCUAACGGCACGGUCAGUUUGCUACCCGGCGGAACAGUCUCGGGCGAUAUCCUCUGCCUGCGCGACAGAAUGGAAAGCCCUACGCUCUGGCUUGGCCUGGUGGGUUUCGUCAUCAUCGCCUACUGUCUCGUGAAGAACGUCAAAGGCGCCAUGAUAUACGGCAUCGUUUUCGUCACAGUCGUGUCGUGGUUCCGCAACACCAAAGUCACGGCUUUUCCCAACACCGACGCGGGUAACUCCGCCCACCAGUACUUCAAGAAGGUGGUGGAUGUUCACCUCAUAAAGAGCACGGCGGGGGCUCUCAGCUUCAAGAGCAUAGGCAAAGGGUAUUUCUGGGAGGCCGUGGUGACGUUCUUGUACGUCGACAUUCUCGACACCACCGGAACGCUGUACUCGAUGGCGCGAUUCGCGGGCUUCACCGACGACAAGGGGGGUUUCGAGGGACAGUACUUCGCGUUCAUGUCCGACGCCACUUCCAUCGUGGUGGGGUCCUUGCUCGGGACCUCCCCCGUCACGGCGUUCAUCGAGUCGUCGACGGGGAUCCGGGAGGGUGGGAGGACGGGGAUUACGGCGCUGACGGUGGCGGCGUAUUUCUUCCUGGCGUUCUUCUUCACGCCGCUGCUGGCGUCGAUUCCCGCGUGGGCGGUGGGGCCGCCGCUGAUUCUGGUGGGGGUGUUGAUGAUGAGAUCGGUGGUGGAGAUUGAUUGGGAGGACAUGAGGGAGGCUAUACCGGCGUUCGUGACGCUCAUUCUGAUGCCGUUGACGUAUUCGAUCGCGUAUGGGCUGAUCGGUGGGAUUGGAACUUACGUUGUGUUGAACCUUUGGGAUUGGGGCAGAGAGAUUUUGGGUCACUUUGGGGUUACCAAAAGAAGAAGUGUGCCCCCAGAUGAGGAUUCCCAUCGUCAACAUCAUCAUCCUGAGAGGGUGAAUGGGGUACUACAAAAUCAACAUUCUCCACAAAAUCCAACUUCCAAAGCACUUCAACUAGACCCUUAGUUUUAGGGUAUGUGGUUCUCUAAUAAUGUCUCCUUUUUCUUAUUCAUACAUCAAUUUCACAGACUUCAAUUCUUUCUGUACUACCAAUUUUAUUAUUAUGCCAAUAUGUGAAUACGUUACUUUAUUAUUCCA